ACAGGAUUAUUGUUCUCAGUAGAAGACGAACCCCCAGAAUCCUCUCCCUCCUCCCGGGGCUUUAUUAAGUCACAGUCUCGGUCAGCGGGAAUCGAACCCGCGCCCCGUCCCGGCCUAGCGUUAGAUCAGGGAUAUGGUGCUAUGGGAUGGGGGGCUACAGGGACGAAGGACACCCAGAUGGUCCAGGGAGCGGACAGACAUGAUGUAUGGCAUGCAUAUGCGCAGUGUGCAGUAGUGUGUGUAGUUUGCAUCAUGUUGGUGGUGUGGAGUUAUGGAGGGGGCUGAGACGAUUCUCUAGUGUUGGACCCCCGCCUAACGUCCCGACCCGCCGAACCACCCGUGGCCCGUGAGGGUUCGAGUGGGUGUUUUUCCGACCUCGUUCACUUGUGUUUACGUUAACUGCUUUUAUAUCAGACGUGUGGACAGAGGGACACACGGCGGCCUUCUCCAUCUAAUCCCUCCCACAAUGCACCGCGCCCGGCCGCAUCGCUUCCUGUUUAUUGUGGCAGAGCUGCCCGGCGAUAUUCAUGCUAAAUAUCUACCCGAUGUUUAUGGGGAUUCACAGCCGCAUGAGUGUGCGAUAAGGUUUGUGAGGGGUCUCAAAUGGCUCUCUGGGUUAGAGGGGGUUAUAAACGGUGGUCUGGGUCGGGCCGCGGCGCCCCGCCGUGCGGGUCGGAGACUCUUCCUCAUCUCAGGCGUUUCCUCUCGCGUUGCUCCGAGGCUGAGCUGACGGGUCGUGGAUUGAAGGUGAUAUGUGGGUGGAUUUCUGUAGCAUCGAUACCAAUGGACGGGUUUGCGAACGGCCGCGUGAGAUAUUAUCGCAGGCGUUAUAAUUGGCUGCACAGUCCCCGCUGUGCUCUGAGGCCCCACCUGCUUCAGAGAGGUGUCCCCCCCUCCCCCCCCUGCUGAGUCGACAUGGACGACCCGGAGACGGAGCUGGUGUCGUCGGAGCCCGACGCCCUGGGCGCAGAGUUCAUAACGGUGGAGCUGGACACCCAGCCCAUCGAGUACGUGGUGAAGUGGGCGGAGGUGGGGUCAAAGUUCACCAUCUCCUGCGUGAAGAAGGACUCUGACGACCCCAACGAGCUGGCGCCCGAGCAGCUGAAGUUCGAGACGGACGAGACGUUCUUCGCGCCCUACGAGGAGGUGUACCCCUGCGAGCUGACGGAGCAGAGCGUGGAGAUCAAGAUGGACUCGGACUCGGGGGAGGAGGAGGAGGAGGAGGAGGACGAGGAGGGGGAGGAGGAAGAGGAGGAGGAGACGACGGCGGAGGAGGAGGCGGGCAGCAACCUGCUGGACGGGGAGGGCGACGGCGACUCGUACCAGGUAGAUUACGAGCCCCACCAGCGGCAGUACCGCUGCAACUACUGCGGCAAGUGUUACAGCCACGCCUCCAGCCUCUACCGCCACCAGCAGAUGCAUGCUGGGAAGGCCGUGGCCAUGCCCGGCGCCGCCAAGCGCCCCCCGCAGCCCUACUCUUCCAUGGCGGCGGCGGCGGCGGCGGCGGCGGGGGAGUCGCGCUACACCUGCCCCCACUGCGGGAUGAGCUUCAAGGGGAGCCGCAUGCUGGGCUCCCACCUGCGGCUGCACGGGCAGCGCCGCAUCCACCCCUGCAACGUCUGCGGCAAGGAGUUCAACCACAGCUCCAGCCUGUCCCGCCACCGCCUGGUCCACAAGAAGGACAAGGGCGGGGCCAAGGACGGCCCGCACGCCGCCCACCACCACCGGCGCCGCCGCGGCGGGGGCCUGAAGGCCGGCCCCGGGGGGAAGGGUAAGAGGGGCCGGCGGCAGCGGCAGGCCCCGGGGCCCGGCCACGAGGCGGGCAAGGCGGGGCAGAUGGAGGCCAUGCUGGGGGUGGCGGGCGGCGGGGAGAAGUUCUACGCCUGCCCGCAGUGCGACAUGACCUUCAGGACCUCCACCAUGCUGUCCAAGCACCAGGUGAGCCACGUCAAGGACCUGCUGGACAGCUACACGCCCGGCAAGGAGAACCUGGGCGAGUCCUCCUCCGACCUCAAGAUCCGCCUCAAGCUCUGCUCGCGCGACAAGCCCAACUUCUACACCCUCUGCAAGAAGAACCGGCGCCGGCGGGGGGGCGGGGGCCGCGGCGGCAAGCGGGGCCCGGCUGCGGGGCCCCCCCCCGUAGGGCCCCCCGGGGGCCUGGGGGGCUCGGAGGAGGAGGAGUACCAGCAACAGCUGGGGGGGGCGCACGGCUGCAGCCUGUGUGACAAGAGCUUCAGCCACGCCUCGGGCCUGGCCCGCCACCAGCAGGUGCACCGCGGGGGCCCGGGGGGGGGGGGGCCGCGGCAAGGCCUUCCACCAGCGGGCGCAGUUCCACCGCAAGAGGGGCUCCGCCCACGCGGGGAAGAUCUACUCGUGCGCGGCGUGCAACAAGACCUUCGUGCACUCGUCGAGCUACUCGCGGCACAAGAAGGCCCACAUGCAGCAGCAGGGGCCCGGCCACGCCAGACCCCUGAAGCGCCGGAAGAAGGGGGCCGUGGACGAGACGGCCCCCCUGGAGUCGGACUCCGAGUGAGGGUCCGGUCUGGCUGAGGGGCCCCCCUGGCCCCUCCACCACCAACGGGGGCCGGGCGUGGGACGGGGGCCCAUUGUAGAUAGCGGUGGGAUAUUAAUUAUAUGGUCAUAACUAUGUAUAUGGUUGAUAUGACACUUGUUGAAUGGCUCUUGACACUUGAUGAAUUGCUCAGACCCCACCCUUAAACUUUUUAUUUCUGCAAAUGUUCGAUAAAUUGCACUGUUUGCCGUGCUUGUUGACAUUCCCCGACGGGCGGUAGAAAUGGAUGCCGGGACCAGGCCGGCGCUAGCCCCAUGCUACGCUAAAGCUAGGCUAGGGCCAAGCUAAAGCGAGCAUAUGGCUAUACUAACCAGUUUUGGGUGAGGGUGUGGCCUGUGCGGGGGAGCGAGCCCCCCCCGGCCGCCCCCUGGGGGGCUCCUCCCAGUCCCUCUCUCUCUCUCUCUCUCUCUCUCCACCCAGUCCCUCUCUCUCUCUCUCUCUCCACCCAGUCCCUCUCUCUCUCCACCCAGUCCCUCUCUCUCUCCUUUGUUUGUUUUUUGUUUUGUCAUACUCUAUUCAUCCCUUUUAGGGUGCUCGGGAUCGAAGUGGCCACCCUCCGGUUACCAGUCCAACUAGUUAACCAGUAUGCCACGGAUGCCCCCCAAUUCAGUCCCUCUCUCUCUCUCCUCCCAGUCCCUCCUGUUCAGCCUGUUCUGUUCCCGCCCCCUUCCCUUGUUCCUCAGAUCUGAUUGGCUGUGUUCCUUGUCAGAGUGUUCCGAUUGGGCGAGUUGCGCGACGUCUGCGGUUUGUCUGAACUCCCCUACAGGGCGACCACUUCCUGUCCGCUCCGUGUCUGUCAGAGGCCACGCCCCCCCCUCCUAGCCUCCUAUGUAUGCAUGAAGACCUCACCGCUAGCGUCCUGGGGAGACCCCAGCUCUGUGUCUGUAGAGACUCACUGAUCCCAGGGGGUGGCGUCUGACACACUAAGGUGGACCUGGAGGGCCACUGGCCUCCACAGAACCUGGAUACUUCUGGCGGUGUGGAGUGAGACGUAUGAAUAUGGAACGGAGCGCUUUGAGAAUGGGCUUUCUGAUUAUCUUCAUCAUCUUCCUCACUACGGUGUGUGUCGUCGUUCCCCCCCCCCCCCCCCCCCCCCCCCGACCUCUGG